UGGAGUGCAAAUUGUAUACAAUGAUCCCCCCAAAAUCAUGGAUUUUUCCAUAACAUGUUUCCUUUUUUAUCUUCACUUUAAGCUUUCGUUUCUCUCUCAACUGAAAGUUUCUUGGCCGCUUUGUUAUUUUACGUAAAAGGAUUCUUCCUUUUUCAGAGAUUUUGAUACUUUUAUUUUGCUAAAACAUCUUGAAAUCAUUAGUUAAUAUUCCAUUUUCAUAGUUUACAAAAAAGAAAUAUUCCAUUUUCAUUCGUACUACUAUUUUAGUUAUUUAAACAUCUUGAAAACAUCUUCGGAAGUUUUAUCUUACUAGCUAGGUCGAGAAAGAGAAGAGAAAAUUGUUUGGAUUUAGUCAAGAGCUUUUAUUGGUUUUAUUCUGUUUAUGUUUGCUUUCAAACUUGCGAGCACAUUAAGUGGACUUCUGUAAGAUACUUAAUGCAUGCCUGCAUGCCUAAUCAGGCUUUUGUUAGGGUUUUCUAUACGUGAAGUUUUUAGUUCGUCCUCAUACUGUCAAUAUAUAAUUUACUGAUAAUCUCAAGAAGACCGUGAGUGAGAUUGGCGAUUGAUGGUGUUAAACAUCAUAUUUUCCAAAUAUUUUUGAUAUUCCGAUGUCUUGAAAGUUUGCUAAGUUUAAAGACUUAUGGAGACUGGUACAAGCACUGACAAUAAUGGCUAUGACGUAAUCAAGAACGGUUCAUGGUUUAUCCAAUUUCGUAAUGGCUACAAUCCAUGGAUGGCAAGAUAUGUGUACGGUCUAAUGUUCCUCUUGGUGAAUCUGCUGGCUUGGGCUGUCCGCGAUUAUGGCCGAGGAGCCUUGACAGAGAUGAAAAAACUUAAGAAUUGUAAAGAUGGGCUAAACUGUUUGGGGACUGAAGGUGUUUUACGGGUUAGCUUGGGAUGUUUCCUAUUUUAUUUCAUUAUGUUUCUCACAACCGUUGCCACAUCAAAGACGCAUUCAUCAAGAGAUAAAUGGCAUUCAGGAUGGUGGUUUGCUAAGCUUCUAAUGUGGCCUGGCUUAAUCAUAUUCCCCUUCUUGCUGCCUUCUUCUAUCAUUGACCUUUACGGGGAGAUUGCACAUUUUGGUGCGGGGGUCUUUCUCUUGAUACAGCUUAUUAGUAUCAUCAGUUUCAUUACAUGGCUCAAUGAAUUUUUCCAAUCCCAAAAAGACGCAGAGAGAUGCCAUGUUCAUGUGAUGCUACUAGCAACUAUUGCGUAUACCUUAUGCAUAUUAGGUGUGAUUUUGAUGUACAUAUGGUAUGUGCCUGAUCCAUCAUGCCUUCUCAACAUAUUUUUCAUCACAUGGACUUUGUUCUUAAUCCAACUCAUGACAAGUAUCUCUCUACAUCCCAAAAUAAAUUCUGGAUUCUUGACUCCCUCGCUUAUGGGGCUUUAUGCUGUUUUUAUCUGCUGGUGCGCCAUUAGAAGUGAACCAGUAGGAGAAAUUUGCAACAGAAAUGCUGAAUCUUCUAGCAGAACGGACUGGCUUACCAUCAUAAGCUUUGUGGUUGCACUGCUUGCGAUGGUGAUCGCAACAUUCUCCACGGGAGUAGAUUCACAAUGCUUUCAGUUUAGAAAAGAUGAGAAUCAAGAAGAAGACGCGAUUCCUUACGGAUACGGAUUCUUCCAUUUUGUGUUUGCUACGGGAGCAAUGUACUUUGCAAUGCUACUUAUUGGUUGGAACAUUCAUCACUCCAUGAAAAGGUGGACUAUUGACGUUGGGUGGACAAGUACUUGGGUUAGAAUAGUAAACGAAUGGCUCGCGGUUUGCAUUUACAUUUGGAUGUUGGUGGCUCCAAUGGUACUGAAGAACAGACAAACAACAUAAGAGCUACUUGUCACCUAUGUUUUUUGAAAACCAGGCGGAUGUUUUCACCAUUGAUCGGUUUCGAUCUGACGAGCAAAAUAGAUGGAAUAUUCAGAUUGGGGAAUUGUGUGAAAUCAAUGUUAGCAUUUUUAGGAUACAAAUAUAGCUAUCAGACUAUAUGCAAUGUAGUAGUUGAAAAAAUUAUUAACUGUUUGAAAACUUGCAAUGAGGCUGUUGAAAAACUUGCAAAAAAGGACGUGGAUUC